UAGACUACCACACGGUGGAGCACAGCCCCAUCAAACGUUGCUGGUUUAAACUCUGAAUUGGAAAACAAAGUUAAAGAUUCCCAACGAGCGCUUAGCCUUUUUUGAUCCACUUUUGGAAAACAAAUUCCUCAAAGCAACAAGUGACUCAGACAUCAACUUUAAUAUAUUGUUAGCCAACUCAGAAGCCCACAUCUUUCAACUUUCCUGAAAAUGCUAAGUACAAAGUAGCUCUUGUUCAAUCCACUGCGCGCGCUUGUGUAGCGAAAACGGAUUGCGAUGAUUGUGUCCAACGUGAGCUUCAGUGGCUGCACGAGGGCCAAUAGCGCGCUGUGUACGGGUGCUGCAGAGAGGCACCUGGAACACAAUUUAUCCCGCACCACUCUCAGCCCGACCGGGAACCUGAUAGUCUCAGUGUGUUUGGGCUUCAUUGGCACCUUCGGAUUCCUCAACAACCUCCUGGUUCUCGUCCUCUUCUGCCGUUACAAGGCGCUGCGCUCGCCUAUCAACUUGCUACUGAUUAACAUUUCAUUCAGUGAUCUGCUGGUGUGUGUGGUGGGAACUCCGUUCAGUUUCGCGGCAAGUACACAGGGAAGAUGGCUCAUAGGAGAAAGUGGGUGUGUAUGGUACGGCUUUGCCAAUUCCCUAUUAGGAAUCGUGUCCCUCAUCUCCCUGGCCGUGCUCUCCUACGAGCGUUACUCUACCAUGAUGGGUCCAACCGAGGCCGACUCCACCAACUACCGGAAGGUAGCCUUGGGCAUCGCUUUCUCCUGGGUCUACUCACUGAUGUGGACCCUGCCGCCGCUCUUCGGCUGGAGCCGCUACGGCCCCGAGGGGCCCGGCACCACCUGUUCCGUGGACUGGAUGACCAAGAACGCCAACAAUGUCUCGUACAUCAUCUCGCUCUUUGUUUUCUGCCUCAUCGUCCCCUUCCUGGUCAUAGUCUACUGCUAUGCUAAACUGAUGCAUGCAAUCAAACAGGUUACCGCCAUCAACACAGCUAUGAGCAGGAAGAGGGAGCAGCGUGUUCUCGUCAUGGUGGUCGUCAUGGUGAUGGUGUACCUGAUGUGCUGGUUGCCAUAUGGGGUCAUGGCCUUGCUGGCCACCUUCGGACGCCCGGGCCUGGUCACCCCCGAGGCCAGCAUCGUCCCCGCGAUCAUGGCCAAGACCAGCACGGUCUUCAACCCUGUUAUCUAUAUCUUCAUGAACAAGCAGUUCCACAGGUGCUUCCGAGCGCUGCUGAGGUGCCAAGAGCCUCAGAGGGGUUCCAGCCUCAGGAACUCCUCCAAGGCACCGCCCAAAGCCGUCCGAGGCAGUGCCCGCAAAACCAACCACCACAACUUAACUUUCAUGGUUGCCUCCCUUGGGCAGCCCACCAGCGACGUCCCCCAGCUGGGGAAUGCAACCCUGGACUUAGCCUUCCCUGCUUACUCUGACAUGGUCAGGCCUACCAUUGUGUCGCUAGUGGCCCACUACAACGGCGGCCUGGGGCCGUCAGGGGUUACAACCCCUAGGAACCAAUUACAGGGAGGGGAGGAGGAUCCAGAGGGGCCGUCAAAGUGGAUUUAGUGCUGCCAGGAUGAUGGACAGCAGGCUAUAAAAUCGGAAUGCCUCCGGACUCUUUGGAAGUGGAGCCGUAGGAGCUGCUAGUGCAUCUUGAGGAAGGACAUCAACCUGUUUGGGUCUGCACAAGCUCAUACAUUCUGUCGUCGUUUACUAGCUCAAAUACGCCUAUGGACCGAGAGUGGGGAGAGAAUGGUGCGAAGAACCCCUAUUUAGUUUGUGCAAUUUCUAAUGUUUUGUAAAAUAUAUUAGUUCCAUGACAUGUCAAUGUGAUUUCACCCUAUGUCAGUGUACCUUUAUAGUGCAAAAAAACAGAGAGAGAUGAAGAGUGUAUUUUUGUAUUGAGCGGAGAUUGGAGUCACAGUUUGAGGGAACUCAUGCAUUGUAUUUCAAGUAUUUUCAGGAGACACGUUUCAAAGGUGUGAAGAUGACAAAGCGCUCAGAAAAAAAAUAAAAACACAAAAGGUAACGAGGAAAUUGAACUGUUAAUGAAUUUUGAGCAUCGAUCUAUUGCUGAAUUCCAUUUUCUAUCAAAUAUCACUCGACACUUAAAACGUACUCAACUGUAGCUAGUCACACGUUACUUGUUGUAUAUCAUUUGUCAUAAACACAGGUAGCAUAUCUGGCAUGUAUUUUUCUUCAUUUUAUGUAAAUAUGCAAAAAAGUACAAAAAACUACUUAAAACGUAUCACCAGGUGAUAAAAUGUGGAGACUGGUGGUCGAGGGUACACCUUGAAAAAAGGGUUCCAAAAAGGUUCUUUGGCAGAACCCUUUUUGGUUCCAGGUAGAACCCUUUUGGUUUCUAUGUUGAACCCUCUGUCUGAAAUUUCAGGCUGUCUUUUCAAACAGCUCUUACACCAAACUUGGCAUUAUCAUCAAUUUCUCAGUAUUAUUCCAACCUCAUAGUGUGAAAAUCACGUUUUUCAUUGCACUGGGCCUUUAAACAACUUUACAGCAAUUAUGAUACAAUAGUUUGUUCAUUUUCAUGUGAAAUAUGAUUGCAGCUUUUAUGAUUUAGGCCUACGAUUAGCUAGGUGUCGAGACAGAAUGUGUCUUACUGUAGACAAGGUUAGAUAUCAACCCACUAAAUUAGAAUCGUUAACAUGGGCGUUACUCGCCACCCAUCAUCUUGAUUGGCGAUCAGAAAGGACCCUUUUUAUCACUACCACUGCAUCCCUGGUUAUUUUUUUUGCCAGUUUGUGUUACCCACAUUUGGUCAAAACAGGGGACUUCCCGAUUAAGCCUACAAUGACGUGAAAUGAUUGUAGUACACUUCUGUCGCAUUGAUACAGUGAUCAUCUAUGAAUUACUGCUAGCCACUUGUACUGCUAGCUAGUUUGUUUACUUUGACUAAUUGGUCUAAUUUGAAUAUCAGUUAAGUACUUUGGGACAUCAAACUAUGAAAAUAAUCCCGUUUACAUCAUACCCAAUUGGGUCUGAAGAAUGUCAAAGGGCUUGUUAUGCCAUGACGGUACAAAGAGAAAGUAGAGAAGUCGUAAGUGAUCAUAUGAGUUUGUAUUACUGGCCUUGAGUCUUACAUCAUUUACUAUAGGUGUUGGACUCCAACUUUUGAGGUUAUACCCAGGGCUUCUGGUGGAAAUGAAAAGGUGGAUUGGCGCACCAGUAAGGAAGCCCAAUGGCCCACUUCAUGUAUAGUGAGUGCUGUAUGAACAAAACACACUUUCUGAAUUAUUUUCAUUUUAACUGGAGCACAUUGUUGUUCAAAUCUGAAGAAAAAAAACCUGGUAAACAUAUAUAUAUUUUUUAUUUAACCUUUAUUUAACUAGGGAAGUCAGUUAUUUUAUUUACAAUGAGCUGACAGGAGUCAUACAUUUGCAUAUUGUAUGAAAUGUGUUUGUUUUCUUUGUGUUGAGGGUCAUAUUCAAAUCAGAGUUGAUGUUACAUUAUUUUUUAUUAACAAUAGAAUGGUUACGUAGGAGUUACUAAAUGCUUGAAUUGACCACGGUGAAUAUGUGUAACCAUUUGUAGUGUAAUGUUAUCUCACUGGGAAAAAAUACAUUCAACACUGUACAUAGAUGUGUCCUCAACUAACUGACCACAGAGACUGUUAACUAUGGACAGACCAGUUACAGGUCGUAAAUACUGUCACACCAAAGUGAGAGGAAUUUCAUACUGUUUUGACGGUUGCGGUUUAAUAAAUACUUUUUUUUUU